UUGUAGGGAUUAGCGUUGGUUUACCCGGGCGAUCGCGCAGAUCGAUCUACCUAGACACGCCAAAAGUCAUGACGCACUAUGUUCUCAAUCGAGUACCUUACAAUGUGAUCAUCCUCCCCUCGUGAAGCACGUUGAUGCCGGUGGGCUCAUUGCUACUUCACUUUCGAAGACACGCGUCUCACCAUCCGAAACUAUACUACGCGUAACAUGCCGAAUGAAGAGCCACUCCUACCAACGAGCAACAUGAGCCAGAAUAGCCUCAAGAAAGAUGGAGGACAGAGGAAGAAGGUGCUUGUAGUGGGAGCUGGUGCUGCUGGCAUGUCCUGCGCUCAUCACCUUGCCGAACAUCCAGAUAAAUUCGAAGUAACACUCAUCGAGUCGCAGAACUAUUGCGGUGGUCAGGCCUUCUCUAUACCACUCGAUAAGGAAAAACAUGGUGCAAGCUGGUUGAAUCAGGGUGUACAAGGUGGAAGCUACAUCUUUCAUCACACCAUGACCAUGUUCGCACGACAGGGAUUUGCCGCGAACCCAGUCGAGUUGCAAGUCUCGUUUGGUAAAGACGAACAGUUCUGGUCCAACGUCUACCCUAGUAAGCUGCUAGAGAAACACCAGAAAGAGGUGAAGCGAUUUGCAACUAUGCUCAAGAUAAUCCGAAUGUUUGAGGUGUUUUUGGGAUUGCUGCCCAUCAAGAUCAUUAUGAAGCUCUUCUGGUUUUCUACUGAAUUUGCCAACUGCAUUGCUCUUCCUAUGGUAGCUUUGUUCCUUGGAACUGGAAACUAUACCCCGGAAGUACCAAGUAUGAUCAUGGAGCGAUUGAGCACUAGCCCUACAUAUGGAAUGUGGUAUCCACCCGACAAACAGAGUAUUGCGAGCAAUGAACCUCCUAUGGUAGUCUUUCCGAAGUUCGCCGACUUCUACGAUACAUGGCGAAGGAGCUUGAUCUCCAAGGGCGUCAAUGUGCGCCUAUCAACAGAGGUCACAAGCGUCGUUAAGCGUGAUAGCACCGGAGCCACUGUUCGACUCAUACAGCGAACUCCACAGCCCGACAACCACAACCCAAAUAGUGUACACACAGAUGAUCCGACCUCAAACGCUGACGCCGGCGCCAAGGAGACAGAAGAACAUUACGAUGAACUCGUGCUCUGUGUAUUGGCUGAUACCGCGAAGCGUAUCCUUUCUGAAACCGCAUCCUUUCGGGAGAAGAAGGUUCUAGGAUCAGCUAAGUUCUCAAAUGAUAUCACCGUCACCCAUUGGGACAGUGAUUACAUGAAAAAGAACUAUGAAAUGUUCUUUAAUCCUGACCAAGCUGUCACGUCCCUCUCAGGUGUCGACCAAUCUUCCCGCGUAAAGAAAGCCAAGGAUAGCUUCAAACCAAUGUAUCUCAUCAAGAUGUACCAGCAGGAUCUCACGAAACUCGAAAUGUGUUUCGACUGUACCAAUUACCAAGCGCAAUUUCCUCCAGAAGUUCCAUUCGAGAAGCAUGUGUUCCAGACCAUCUUCCUCAACCAUGAGCGCGAUGGCCACCUUUGGAGUAUCGAUGACAUCGAUCAGAGCAAAAUCAUUCGCAAGGACUGGUGGCAUCAGCUUUGCCAUUCAUGGACACAUUAUGUGUUCGUAGUGCCAUGGAUGUGGCUCCUCCAAGGCCGCAAACACACGCGAUUCGCCGCCAGCUGGACGAUGGUGAAUGCGCAUGAAGUGGCUUGCAUGAGUGGUAUUGCAGCUGCUGUCGAUUUGGGCGCAAGGUACCCAGAGGAUCUUGAGCGAGACAAGUUUGCACUACUGAGCUUUAGGCUGUACUAUUUGUUGGCAUACGGAAAGUGGUACAGUAGGCAAGCGACGAAGAAGACCAAGGAAGGGGAAGGCAAAGACUGGGCAAGCGGCUUGUACGGAAGUGUCUACAAAGGACCUGGUGUCGUUGCAGAAGAGCGACUAAUGUGGAAGCGAGAGAAUAAUAUUGAGUCCAUGUAGAUAUGUGACAGAAGUAGUGGCAGGCCUCCUCAGUCAUGUGACAAGAGUGAUGCAAGGGAUGCUCCCCGCAGACCUCAACCACAUCAC